AUGUCAACAACAUCGCCUCCGUCAUCACCACCGUCAUCAUCAACAUUGUCAUCAUCAUCACCCAGCAGCACCAACAGCAACACCACGGCAAUAUUACUAUCCCCACGUUCAUCUCCCUCCCAGCCACCACUUGGCCACCCACCAGCAGCUCAUCCAGCUGUGUCGUCUUCGUCCACGAGCAACCCUUCCGGAAGAUGUUCGUUGGCGUCGUCGACCCCAGCAACCACGACCACCACCGCAACCAUCUCCUCUCCGUCUGCUCCGGCACUGGCCGCUGCUUUAAUGUUGACAUCACCAUCACCACCACCUUCCGCGUCAUCGAGCCGCGCGUCCUCUAGCUCCCCGACGGUGGCUACUACAACUGGUGCUUCGGCAUCACUGUUGAUCAAUCAUCUUACAAACAGCAGCAGCAACGGCAGCCCCAAACAGCAGCAACCAUCGUCAACUAAACCGACAGCGCUGGAAGCAGUGGUCGGUAGCAAAAGGGAACUGCUUCAGCCACCGUUGGUCGUAGUAGCAGCGGCAGCAGCAACUGGACCUUCUGCGCCAUGUACCCUAACAAAGAAGGCAAAGCACGCUGGUAUGUCCUCUUCGCAAUCGGCCGCCGCCAUCAAUCGUAGCCCAGCUGCCGGUAGCCAUAAGGUGAUGUCGCCCAUCGUGAACGUGGUGGUGAACGACAUUGCUGCAGGGUUGGCCAAUGCUGUUGCAGCGGCAGUGGCCGACGCCGUCACAGUUGCUACGAUUGGACGGAACCUCAAUAUGGCCACAACCGGUGGUGGCAUUACUAGCGGCAGCAGCAGCAGCACACUGAACUCUUACUCGCAACUGCGCCAACAGCUGGAAAUGGGUACGUCGGGUGCAGAUGUUCUCGUCGUUGCAUCCGGCGGUCCGACCAAAGGAGCAAUCGGUGGUCUGCAGCAGCAGCACAGUCACCUGAAGCAAUAUCUUAAUGCUGGUGGUGGUGGUAGAACAGCAGCGGGAGGCGGUGGGAUAAUGCUUACUGCUGGUGGUGGAGGUGCCGGUAACCAGCAGCAGCACCCUGGUGGUGCAACGCAGCAGCAGCAGCAUCAUCACCACCAUCACCAUCAUCAUCAUCACGUACAUUCGCAGCAGCUGAGACGACAGUCGAUUAUGAGCGGCGCUGGUGGAUCGUCCAGUGGUGGUGGAGGUGGUGGUGGCGUAGCUUCCUCUCACACGGGAGCACCAGCUAUCCAUGAUAACAGCAACGGCCGAAACAACAAUGCACCACGCGCUACUGCUGCUCCAUCCAACGCCAUCGAUGCCAACACAAAUCAUCAUCACCACCAUCGUUGGUAG